AUGACAUUGAUGUUGAUUUUGAUACUGAUUCAACUCUGUAUUGGUCUGAGUUAUAUUGAAGACACCUUUAUAUCAACGCCAGAUGGCGGGUUUCUUUUACAAGUGAGUAACUCAUUAAAGGAUGGAGGAUACUAUUUAUCAACUCUGACGAACAACCCCUUUCAAAAGGAUGUUUUAGAACAAUUAGAAGUCCCAUAUAAGCUUGACCCAACCUUUUCAUAUAAAAAAGUCGACUUGCCGCCACUGAGUUUCUUCAUGUUGUAUUUACGAAGUUACUUUCCAGACUAUGCCCCAUUUUUAAUUCCCCCAGUGUACCCUUCGCAACUUAUUGUCUUUGACAAUUACUUCAAGUUGGACCCCGAGUUGGUCCAUCUGAAGAUAUUAAGAACAGUCAACCCCAAAACACGGUUCUCUGCAGUAUUCUUUGAGAGUGAGAUGACCACCACAGUCUCAUUUUUUGUUCGAACAACUGACGGGAACUCGACCUUUUACGAGGAGACUUCUCGGACUGUUUUAAACAAAGGAAGUUUCCACAGAAAGGUACUCAUUGGAGAGCAAACGAACGUUCAGAAGAGCAACGCCGACGUUUUUGAUUGCGCGACUAAAAUCGACGAAUUGCUAGUCGAGAAAUUGGGGAUUGGAGACAACAAGGUUAUUGACGGGUGUCAUGUUCCCAAAGAAGACGUCGUCAACAAAACUGUUGGUGCGUACUUUUCAAAUGUCGAGAAGCUUGUUAUGGACUAUGUGAGUGGGCACGAAGACGGGGAGUUAGUUGUUGUGUCGACUUUGAGGAAUUACUUAGAACUCAAAUUUAAGACGAAUGAGGAAUUUGUGAAGAAAGGGUGGAAGGUGGGGACUGCCCUUAUAACCGACACCAUCAAACAGAUUGAGAACAUCACGAACAUUGAAGUGAAGGCGAUGGAAAGAGUUGGAUAUGCUGUGGAGAGUUAUUUGGAGGAUGACAAAGUGCAAUAUCAAGUGCUUGACAUAGACUCGAAGAACAAAGUUGACGUCAUCUUAUUGAGCUUCAAAAGCGAGGAGCAGUGCUUUGCCAAAGUUAAGGGGUAUAUUCCACAUAACGUUGGGUUGCAAGAUGAAGUGUUGUAUGUGUUAUGUGUUGAUAAUUAUGAAGGCACUUUAACGGGAAAUGCAACACUCUAUUUUGAAAGAGAUGGGUUUGGGGUUCAUCUCAAGAGUGGUAAAGCAAGUGUGGAAUAUACAGAGUGUUCCACAGUGAAAGAAAAUAACAAAGCUGGCGACAAAAAGUGUGAGAAGAAAGUUGGCGUGUUUGACGUUAAAAUGAAGAUCAGAGAGGACAUCGCGUUUUUGUUGAACGAAAGAGUCUAUUUUGAAAGUAAAACAAGUAAUGGAGUCAACUACAUUGAAAAAGAGAGUGGGCCAAGUAAAGGAAGAGAAGCUAUUCGGAGGGGAAUCGACUGGUUACUUGAAAAUGGAUACUUUGCUCAAGCAAACAAAGCAGAGGCCUACUUCAAAAGUAGUAACCCAAGUCUUUUGGUUACAUGUGCUGACUAUGUGUACGACACUAUUUUUGAAGUGACUAAAAAGUUGUUCCAAUAA